AUGAAGGAUGAAGUCCUUGUACAGAUCCAGCUACUGGAAACUCCUCUAUCACAGUCUGAGAGACUUCUGUGUGAAGACGGCUUUGAGUAUGUCCUACCGAAGGAUAUUGUGUCCCAUGUUGAGAUCUCCAUGGAUUACAUAUUCGAAGGCCCGGUUGCACCAGCCGAUGCAUACGUCUUUGAUGACACGGCUCAUAUCUGCCGCAUCCUGGAUAUGGCACGAAAGGACAUUUGCCCAGCAGCCCAAUCAUGCCCACAUAUCACAGAGUUAGAGAUUGAGGCAUACGGCAGGGCUUGGAUUGUGGAUGCCUUCUGGGACACUUUUAUAUCGCUGCCAAUGAUCACCUUUAUGGAUGCAUUUGGGUUGUUUAGGAACCGGUAUCGUUCUAUGAUGGGCAUAUACAUGUAA